ACAAAAGGCCCGCUCUUCCUCUUUCUCUUUCUACUACUUGUUUCUUAUUUCAUCUUUUUCUCUUACUUUGAUGUUGUAAAACUUCAUAAAUAUUCUUUCUUGAUUAUUUUCAUUCCAUUUUAUUCAAAUCCCAUUCUUCGCUGCGAAGAAGAAGAUCUCGUUUUUUUUUCUUUUGGUAAUAUGGCUCUGCUUCUUUUGAUUCACAUUGCUCUGUUUUCCACUCUCUGUUUUGCUGCCGACCCUUCCGUCUUCCUUGAUUUUAAACUCUCUUACAUCACCCUCUCCCCUCUUGGUGUUCCUCAACGGGUUAUAGCAGUGAAUGGGGCGUUUCCUGGUCCUGUUGUUAAUGUCACAACUAAUUACAAUGUGAAUAUUAAUGUUCACAAUCAGUUGGACGAAAAUCUUUUGAUGACUUGGCCAGGAAUUCAAAUGCGGAGAAAUUCAUGGCAGGAUGGUGUUCUUGGCACCAACUGUCCAAUUCAUCCCAAGAAGAAUUUUACUUACCAAUUUCAAGUCAAGGAUCAAAUUGGGAGCUUUUUCUACUUCCCCUCCCUCAAUUUUCAAAGAGCAUCGGGUGGCUUUGGUCCCAUUAUUAUUAAUAACCGGAAUAUUAUAGCAAUUCCUUUUGCUCAUCCGGAUGCUGACAUUGUCCUCUUGGUGGGUGAUUGGUAUACCAAAAACCACACGGCAUUGAGAACAACUCUUGAGUCUGGUGAAGAACUUGGGAUGCCAGAUGGAGUUCUCAUUAAUGGGAAAGGACCCUACCGGUAUAACUCAACUCUUGUACCCGAUGGUAUUGAAUAUGAAAUCAUUAAUGUUGAUCCAGGCAAAACUUAUCGCUUUCGAGUGCAUAAUGUUGGGACAUCUACUAGUUUGAACUUUAGAAUAGAGGGCCAUAAUCUUCUCUUAGUGGAAACCGAGGGAUUCUAUACAACACAACAGAAUUUCACCAGCUUUGAUAUUCAUGUGGGACAGUCGUAUUCAUUUCUGGUUACCAUGGAUCAGAAUGCAACUAAAGAUUAUUACAUUGUGGCAAGUGCUAGGUUUGUAAAUGAAACAGUGUGGGAAAGAGUAACCGGUGUGGCCAUCUUGCAUUAUUCCAACUCAAAAGGACCAGCCAGUGGGCCUCUGCCUGUUGCGCCAAGUGAUAUUUACAAUCAAUGGUCAGCAAUGAACCAGCCCAGGGCCAUCAGGCAAAAUACUACUGCAAGUGGAGCUCGCCCAAACCCCCAAGGGUCUUUUCACUAUGGUUCAAUUAAUGUGACUGACACAUAUGUGAUACAGAGCUUGCCUCCGGUUAGGAUUGAUGGGAAGUUUCGUGCUACACUGAAUGGUAUCUCUUUCGUCAACCCUGAUACACCAAUCAGGCUAGCUGACCUGCACAAAGUAAAGGGUGCUUAUAAGCUGGAUUUCCCCAAUAAGCCACAUGAUAGAACUCCCCACAUGGACCGAUCUGUCAUUAAUGCUACAUACAAAGGAUUCAUAGAAAUUAUAUUGCAGAAUAAUGACACCAAAAUGCAGAGCUUUCACAUGGAUGGCUAUGCAUUCUUUGUGGUCGGAAUGGAUUUUGGUGUGUGGAGUGAGAACAGCAGAAACAAUUAUAAUAAAUGGGAUGCGAUUUCUCGCUCCACAACAGAGGUCUACCCAGGUGGAUGGACGGCUGUCCUUGUAUCUCUUGAUAAUGUUGGAGUAUGGAACCUUAGAGUGGAGAACUUGGAUAGAUGGUACCUAGGCCAAGAGACCUACAUGAGAAUUAUCAAUCCAGAGGAAAAUGGCAAGACAGAGAUGGUCCCUCCUGAUAAUGUUAUUUAUUGCGGUGCUCUGCAGAGCUUGCAGAAGGAAUCACAAAGCUCUUCUGCAAUGGCAUUGCACUGUGGUAACUUCAAGCUGUUUCUAACUCUAGCCAUCACAAUUUUAGCCUUGUAUUUUCACUUUUAGGUGACUAUUCAAAGCUUACAGCUCCUCGGCGGUUUGGUAUAUUUCUCUAUCCUGUAGGAGUGGUUUGCUCCUAUUUGAUAGUUAGAUUAGGCGUGCAAAUGAAGUCAGACCUCACAUUAUUCUUUGUUUUGGUGUUAAAAGUUUCUCCUCUUUCUACAUAAUUGUAAUUUGCAUCAUGAGGGGAUCCAUCAUUAUGUACUUCACAUUCUCUAUACCAUUGGACUUCACUAGAA